UUUUUUCCAGAAAGCAAGAGGGCUGGACCACAGAAAGCAACAUUUAGAGGCUUUUGGUGGGAAACGAACAGCCUCACCACACAGAGCAAGGAAAGGAUGCAGCUGGACUAUCCCAAGACAUCCCUUUCCCUCUCCACCUGCAAGGCCUCAGGUGGUGCUGGCCUUUGCAGGUAUGCAUCCUCCGAGACUUUCUUGGGCCCCCGUUUGUCCAACGUGGAUGGCACCAAGCCACCGUACAGCUACAUCGCCCUGAUCACCAUGGCCAUCCAGAGCACUCCGGAGAAGCGGAUCACGCUCAGCGGGAUCUACCGCUACAUCAUGGGCCGCUUUGCCUACUACCGCGACAACAAGCAGGGUUGGCAGAACAGCAUCCGCCACAACCUCUCCCUCAAUGAAUGCUUCGUGAAGAUGCCUCGAGACGACAAGAAGCCUGGCAAGGGGAGCUACUGGGCGCUGGACCCCGACUGCUACGACAUGUUCGAGAACGGGAGCUUCUUGAGGCGGCGGCGAAGGUUCACCCGCAAGCGAGGCACCACGGAUGAUGGGGAACCCAAGAAGCUCUCCAAAGGCCAAACAAGGGCCAGAAAGGCCAUCAAGGUGGAAGAUGGUCACUCUUCGCCAAGCACCCCAUCUGGCUUGCUGCAAAGUCCAUGCCAGGAGAUGCCAAGUCCUGCAAAACCCUUGGAGAUGCCUAUUUGUGGCCAAAACAAUGGUGACACAGCCCUUCCUUGCACGGAACAAGUGGUAUGUGCCAAACCCUCUAUGUUCAGGUUUCGGCCAUUGGGUCACCAUCCUCAGGCUUUGCCUGCAUCCAAGUCGCAUCUCUUUGUCCAAGAGCCCUGCUUUUCUUCCCAACUGAGUUGCUCCCAGGGCAAGGAGAACCCACAGCAAGCUGGGAAUCCUAUCCACCUUGGUGACCGGAUGAUGCCUCAGCAGCUCACUCUGCCCAGGACAGAGGUCAAGGAGGUCCUCCAAAGCGCCACCAAAGGCCUUCCAGAAGGGAAGGAGGCAUCCCAAGCCUUUGGACAGUUGGCUUCUUCUUUGCCAGCAUCCAAGUCGCACCUCUUCGUCCAACAGCCCUGCUUUUCUUCCCAACUGAGUUGCUCCCAGGGCAAGGAGAGCCCACAGCGAGCUGGAAAUCUUGUGCCAGGGAUCCACCUUGGUGACCGGAUGAUGCCUCUGCCCAGGACUGAGGUCAAGGAAGUCCUCCAAAGCUCCCCCAAAGGCCUUCUAGAAGGGAAGGAGGCAUCCCAAGCCUUUGGGCGGUUGGCUCCUUCUUUCCCAGGCAAAGCUUCCCAGCCUUCGAUCCCCUUUGAGGUUGAAGGCUACUCCAAGCCUCCAGUGUUGCCCGUGUUUGGCUCCUUGGGCUACUCUGGCUCCGAUGCCCUUGGGGGGAACUACCAGUGCCGCUUGCAGGCGUUGAACUUCUGCGUCAAUGAACACCGGAGCGGUGCAACCUUGGAGCAUCUCUUGGCCUCUCCGUCUGCUCCGUCUGCCUCUUCCUCGACUCCGGCCGUCCAGCCAUCCAGCUUCAUGCAGGAACAGGAUCCUUGGCCUGGAAGCCCCUUCUCCCUCCAAGGAGGGAAUGCGUACCCACUGAGUCUGCCCCAUUGCCUCUACCGGACUCCAGGGAUGUUCUUCUUUGAGUGAACAUUGGGGUACUAGAUGGAUGGGAGUAAGGGGAGAGGUAGCUGCGCUCGGAGACAGGGCUUUCUGGACAUCCAUGUAAGUUAUUGACUCGAUAGGACGGAGGCGUCCCAUUUCUGUUCAUUGGCAUUGGGGUCCCUCUGUCCGAAAUGUCUCAAUCGUCCUGCGUCAAAUUUAUUUGUUUGGAUAAUGGAAUAAAUGUGCUUUCAAACUUU